AUGAACCCCACGACAACUCCUGCGGCCGACGCCGCCAUUCAACCCUCUGGCAAGGACAACAAGCCUGCCGGCCACCCCUCGGACCCCAUGUUUGCGGCCCCUGACGACUCGACCAGCGAAAAGAUGAUUGGCGAGGUCACAGAGUUUGAGAAGCGCAAGAUCCUCGAUGGAAAGGCCAAGUUCAGCCGUCUCGGCUGGAAGAGGCUCACCAUCGUCCUCAUCGUCCAGGCCGUGGCCCUCGGCUCCCUUUCCAUUCCUGGUGCCUUUGCCACGCUGGGCAUGGUGGCCGGCGUUAUCUGCUCCGUCGGCAUUGGCCUCAUCGCCAUCUAUACGUCCUACAUCGUGGGCCAGGUCAAGGUCAAGUACCCGCACGUCGAGCACUACCCUGCCGCAGGAGGUCUCAUGUUUGGGCCUUGGGGACAAGAAGUCUUUGGUGUCAUGGUGACGCUUCAACUUCUGCUUCUCACGGCCUCGCAUUGCUUGACGGGGACCAUUGCCUUUUCCACUUUGACCGAGAGCAGCAUGUGCAGCCUCGUCUGGGGUGUCAUCUCUGCCAUUAUCCUGCUGCUGCUGGCUGUGCCUCCUAGCUUCGCAGAGGUGGCUAUCCUGGGCUACAUCGACUUUGCCUCCAUCAUUGCUGCCAUUGGCAUCACCAUCAUUGCUACGGGCGUCAAGUCGACUGGUGCAGCUGAGCCUGCCAACUGGUCUGCAUGGCCCAAGGAGGACAUUACCUUUGCGCAGGCGUUUAUUGCUAUUUGCAACAUCUUCUUCGCCUACAGCUUCUCCAUCUCGCAGUUCAGCUUCAUGGAUGAGAUGCACACGCCCACCGACUAUAUGAAGGCCAUCUGGACGCUGGGAAGCCUCGAGAUCGUCAUCUAUACCCUCACUGGCGCCCUCAUCUACUCUUUCGUGGGUAUCGAUGUCAAGUCGCCAGCUCUGCUAUCUGCAGGACACCUCAUCAGCAAGGUCGCCUUCGGCGUGGCCCUGCCUGUCAUCUUCAUCAGUGGUUCUAUCAACACAACCGUCGCAGUUCGAUACAUCCACGGCCGGAUCUACGAGAACUCGAUCGUCAAGUACAUCAACACCCCUAAGGGUUGGAUCACCUGGUUGAUCAUCAUCUCAAUCUUUACCUGGAUUGGAUUCGUCAUCGCCGAGGCUAUCCCCUUCUUUAGCGACCUGAUUGCUAUUACGUCGAGUUUGUUGAACUCGGGCUUCACUCUCUACUGGCCCGCAUUGAUGUGGUUCAUGUUGUUGAGGAAAGGAAGCUGCUUUAGCAAGGAGAAUAUCCUGCUGACUGUUGUCAACACCAUCAUCUUUAUCAUGGGUCUGAUCUUUUUCGUUGCCGGAACUUACUCCGCUGUUGUUGAUAUUAUUGACCAGUACGACCAUGGAACCGUCAAGGAGCCCUUCACCUGUGCUCCUCUCGGUUAA